CGGUUAGCUGCCCCCUAGUCAAUUCACUGCUAUUAUUGUUUACGAGUGAGUCAAGUGUGAAGGAUGAUUUGGCCUUACACGUUUCCUGUGCUGAUACUGCUGUCGACCACCAGCUAUUCCACCUCAAAGGAUAUCGACGAUUCCUUCGGACCACAGGAAGCAGCCAACCAUCAAUUUCCGUAUAUGGUAUCCCUACGAAGGACGGAGCAUGAGGUGAUGCUACACAAGGAAAUCCAUAUUUGUGCGGGCGCCCUAAUCAGUGAAACGAUAGUUGUAACUGCAGCUCAUUGUAUCUUCGAUAUGUUUGGCAAUUAUGUGGGAAAUGAGAAUACCUUCAUGGUGGUCGCUGGGAGUUCGUAUAUUAACGCAACCGUGUCGAACACUGUUCGAAGGUUGGUUAGUAAAAUCUUCGUGUAUCCUGCGUAUAUCUCCGCGACAAGGGAGGCUGAUAUAGCAGCUUUGAUACUGCGUAGGGAGCUGCAUGCUGACUCUUCGAAUGUGAGGAUAGUUGACCUUGCCACUUCUCGACUGGAAGCUGGAAGCAAGUGCUAUGUCCUGGGCUGGAAUAACUACUUUGUAACAAACCUCUCAGCUAAUGUGCUGCAGAGCUACGGCGUUCAGCUCCUCUCGGACGAUAUUUGCCAGAGAUACAACAAGGGACGUGGAACAUACUUGCCCGGAAAACAGCUUUGUACAUGCCCCACACUUUCAACCAUGAAUGGCAAAAUCUGCAACAAUGCAAAUCUAUGCCGUGAGCCCGACGAUUAUGACUAUAGUGGGGAGGUAUCAAUGGGUCAUCCUCCCCCUGGCGGUGGCCCUCCCCAGGCACCACCAUCACUCCCUAAAUUAUCAUCCCUGGAAGUUGUACAUCCACGCGUAUAUCCGGAUUCGGGAGAUCCCGGCGGAAUUUUGGUAUGCAACAAUAAAAUCGCCGGAUUGCUAGCCUACAGUUAUAAGUGCAUCGAUUUAACGAAUAGUCCGCAAAUUUUCACGGAAAUCAGGGAAUACGUUGAUUUUUUGCGUGAUCCGGAAAAUUACCUCCCUGAAAUGGCAGGAUUGCUCGUGCGCACUGAUUCAUCGUACGGAGACGGCAGCGUAUCGAAGGUGUUUUCCCUUGAAUGCAUGGCAUUUAAUAUGCUCCUGACAAUCGUUUUAAUUUUAAUUGGCAACAUUAUUAUAUUUUAAUAUCAUUUCGUACAGUUCGAUGAUUACGGAGAGUUUCCAAGGUGUCCGCACGCGAUUUCAGGCGGGAAUAAAAUUGAAUGUGGGAGAUAAAGCAAUCCUUUUUCACGGAAUCAUUAUUGAAUUCUGAUUUUUUUAUGGUAAAAUAGAUAUGCGAAAUGCAGGGAUUCAAGUACGAUAAAAUAUGAUGCGGGCCCCGCAUAAGUGGAAAGGCUAUUUUUAAUUUGAAUUCUUUCUCAUUUCAUUCAACUUUCCGGUAACA